CGUGGGGGAGCUGAAACCAAUUUCUCGAGGGAAAAUCUCAGAGCAUUCCCAGGCUCUGUCCCUGCCUUGCAGGGAGAAGUGUCCCCUGCCUAAGUGGAAUAAAUUGGUACCGACUAUUAGCAGUGUGGGCCCUCCUCUCCGAGAGGGAGGGGGGCUGUCAGUGCUGCUUUAGACACAAAACCUUCCUCCCCUCAUCCACCGACCCACCUUCUCCCCCUCUCUCCCACCGCCGCGCUGCAGAGAGCCAGACCUGGGGAAGCGGAGCACAGAGCAGCCAGCAGCUGGAGGAAGAGGGUCGCUCUGCUGUCAUCUGGCUUGGGUGAAGGGGGCUCUUGGUUUGUGCUUGGAUUAAAACACGACCCCAGACAAAGAAAGCAGAGGAGAGGAGUUUGGGGAGGGGAGGCAUAUGCCAGGGAAAGGCGCCGCUCUCAAUCGUGCCUCUGUUCCCAAGGAUUAAGGAAUGAAUGGGAGCUGCUUCCCCGCUCGCCAUGGAGAGAGGAGGCGAUUCAGGCUGCCAAGAUAAGGCUUCCUUCCUGCUGGGUCCCUGAAACUCCCACCAGUGGCUCUGGCGACGCCCUGUGAAAGCACUCGCUGCGUGGCCUCCAGCCUGUGCAGCUGUUGCAUCUCCGAACCUGCUUCUGCAAUGGGUGGGUUGUGAGCGCUGGUAAUGAGGAGCUGUGGGUCCAGUCAGUCUUGGAGAUGCCGAAGAGAAGAGACAUCCUGGCUAUCGUGCUGAUAGUUCUGCCCUGGACGCUGUUAAUCACCGUCUGGCACCAGAGCACCAUUGCUCCGCUGCUUGCAGUGCACAAGGAUGAUGGUGGUGACUCCAGGCGUGAUCUGGCCCAAGGCUCAGACUCCAAGGAGUACUGCCUAUCAGACCGCGACAUUGUGGAGGUGGUGAGGACAGAGUACGUUUACACCCGCCCGCCCCCAUGGUCGGACACCCUCCCCACCAUCCACAUCAUCACCCCCACCUACAGUCGGCCGGUGCAAAAGGCGGAACUGACACGACUGGCCAACACCCUCUUGCAUGUGCCCAAUCUGCACUGGAUCCUGGUGGAGGACUCGCAGCGGCGCACUCCUCUUGUCACCCGGCUACUGCGGGACACGGGGCUGAACUACACCCACCUCAAUGUGGAGACACCCCGCAACUACAAGUUGCGGGGAGACAUGAGGGACCCCCGGAUCCCCCGUGGGACCAUGCAGAGGAACCUGGCCCUGCGGUGGCUGAGAGAGACCUUUAACAAAAACAGCAGCCAAUCUGGGAUUGUUUACUUUGCCGAUGAUGAUAACACCUACAGCCUGGAGCUCUUCGAGGAGAUGCGCACCACCAGGAAGGUGUCGGUGUGGCCGGUGGCCUUUGUGGGCGGCUUGCGUUACGAGUCACCCAAGGUGAAUGCAGCGGGGAAGGUGUAUGGCUGGAAGACUGUUUUCGACCCCCACCGCCCGUUUGCCAUUGACAUGGCGGGCUUUGCUGUGAACCUCAGGCUGAUACUCCAGCGAUCUCAGGCUUACUUCAAACUGCGAGGAGUGAAGGGUGGUUACCAAGAAAGCAGUCUUCUCCGGGAACUAGUGACCCUGAAUGACCUUGAGCCGAAAGCUGCCAAUUGCACUAAGGUAUGGACUCCUUCUGGUAUGUGGGCCAUAAGGACCCAGGCUCCUGCACCUGUCACUGAUCACAAUUGCAAGGAGAUGCAGGAACUUGAAAAGGGAGCAUUGGGGUUGUCAUAUGGGAUCAGUCCUAUAGUGUAACCAGGCCGGUAUCCUAUCUCCCAUCCCUCAGGGUUAGCCCAAUGCCCAUCCAGUCCAGUAUCCUGUCUCAUACAACUGUUCGUACCAGAUGCUUCAAGGAAAGACACAACCCCCUCCCCCUCCAAUAAAUGGGCAGUUAUGAAGUAAAAUGCAGAGUGAGGAAGUUUCAUUUUAACUCCACGCUAGCUUCUGCCCUGGAAUGUGAGGGUUUAUCCCCUCUAUAAAUGUCUCUGCUAGUUAUGGUUAUUCUACAUGACAUCCUUAUUGUUUAUAUGAAUGUCUAAAACUUUUUUGGUCUCAAUAAUGUUCUGUGACAAUGAGUUCUGCAGAUAAAUUAGGCAUUGUGUGAAAGAGCUUUUCCUAUAUGAAAUGUGCUGCCUUGCUGUUUCAUUUUCAUGUAUAAUAGUGAACAUCAAAGUGAAUUUCCAGCUAUGCUCCUGCUUCUCAAAAGACAUUACAGGAAAACAUGGAUUUUAGAGGGGUGAGGAGGAAAAGAAUAAUGUCCUACAUUAUGUUGGGAGGCAGACAGGCAUCCAUGUGGGGUAUGGUGGCAGAGAGGGGGUCCAGGGUAGAACUGAAGCGGUAUGAAGCAAAUCGAGUUGACUGAGACUUUUGCAUCAGACAGUCCAUCUGCUCUGCUCACCCUCUCUGCUGCUCUGCUUAACAAGAGCACAAUAAUGUGUCCUAAGAGUGGAGGGAAGUGAGAUCUAAUGCUGGUGUGAAUGAGGGGAGGAGGCAUGUUGUGUAGAACACACUCCAGAUUGAUUCCCUCUUACAAUGGUAAAUGGACAGGAUGCAGCAGGCAAGGGAA